UUUGGAUUUGCAAUAACAAAUUUAGGGGAUUUAAACAAAGAUGGAUAUGAUGAUAUAGCCAUUGGAGCACCGUAUGAAGGCAACGGGGUUAUUUACGUGUAUAAAGGUUCAGCUCUUGGAAUAGUAACCGAACCUUCACAAGUUAUUAAAGCUGAGGAUUUGGUGGUGGACAAUCUACAAAUACGUACCUUAGGUUAUUCAUUGAGUGGAAAUGGGGUGGAUUUAGAUCAAAAUGGUUACCCAGAUUUAAUAUCAGGUGCUUACGAAAGUGACUUGGUAAUAUUGAUUAGAGCACGGCCAAUUGUAAACAUAACCUCUACCGUUGGUCCUGCUGAAAAACUUCGUAAUAUUGAUCCAACUAAAACUGGAUGUUCGGCCAACCGAACAUCACCGGUCACAUGUUUUACUUUUGAAACCUGUUGUGCAUUGGAGUCGGUCGUUAAGGCAGGAUCUGAUGGUCGAUGGGAUGUUCGAUUGCAUUAUAAAUUAGAAGCUGAAACAUUCCAAGAAGGUCGUAAGUUUUCGAGGGUUUGGUUUGGGCCUGAUCACAAUUUAAAGCCUCAAACAAUUGAAAACUACGUUUCUGUGGAUCAUAACAAAAAAAGAACUUGUCAACAACACACUGCUUACAUCAAAGAGAAUACCAUGGAUAUCCAGUCUCCAAUUGCUUUACGUAUAUCAUACUCUCUUAAACAAAAUGAUGUUCCGGUUCUUAAACCGGGAGAUCCUGUACCCUCAUUAGCUGAUUUGCCAGUAUUGAAUCAAAAUCAAGCUGAAAAAACAUUCUUUGCUACAUUCCAUAAAGAUUGUGGAAAUAACGACAAAUGUGAAAGCCAAGUUCAUGUGAAUGCUGAAUUGAUGUUACCUAAAACACAAAUUACAGAAUAUGAAUUAGUUAUCGGACAACAUGUUGAAAUAAUUUUAAACACAACUGCUUAUAAUCAUGGUGAAUCUGCUUAUGAAAGCAGAAUGUUUGUGAUUCACCCUUAUUCAUUUAAUUAUAUUGGUACAGUGAAAUUAGAUGAUAUGAAACAAGCAGAUUGUAAUCCAUUCAACAAGACUAUGGUUGUAUGUGCUCUUGGUAAUCCUUUAAAGAAAUCUGCUUUUGUGAAUAUUCAAUUGCGUUUUGAUCCAAAAGAACUGAACGAUUCUGAAAAUCAGUUGGAGUUUGUAGUGAUAUCUAACUCUACUUCCCAUGAAAUUGAACCUCAAAGUCCCCUUAUUUUGAGGGUUAAUGUGAUAAAACGAGCUGAAUUGUCGUUAAAAGGGUUAGCUCGUCCAGAACAAGUGUAUUAUGGUGGUCAGGUAAAAGAAGAUGCAUCUAUUAAGUAUCGUGAUGAAGUUGGUUCUAGAGUUUUGCACACUUAUCAAGUAUUUAAUUAUGGUCCUUGGAAAGUAUCCAACCUUGAAGUACAUAUUGAUUGGCCUUAUCAAGUAUCUAGUCAUUACACUCCAGGAAAAUGGCUAUUGUACUUAGAUGAGAAACCUUUCGUUGAAGCAUUAAAUGGUGGAGAAUGUUAUAUGUCCCAAGAUCAAGUUAAUCCAUUGGGAUUAUUAGUACGCCCGGGAGUUCAAGAAAUGCCGCUUGAUAGUAUUCGUACUGAAAAUGCUGCUUUAAACAACUUUAUGGUUUCAAAAUCAACUAAUUAUAUCAUAAAGAAUAGUAGUACGGGAUACUACCAGAAUAGAGUUCGUAGAGAAUUAAAUUAUGUGGUUGGCGCUGAAACUUAUACUAAAGAUAAUGGAAAACGUUUACAAAUUGUCAAAAUGAACUGUUUAUUGGGGAACGCAAAUUGUUUCAAGUUUCGGUGUCGAAUCAACAAUUUACAAAAAAAUCAAGAGGCUACUAUUUUUAUUAAAGCAAGACUCUGGAAUUCUACUUUGUUACAAGAAUUCCCUAAAGUUGAUUCUGUUCAGAUUGUAUCUCGUGCUAAAAUUCAUAUUCCCUCUGAUGUAUUAUUGCAACAAAAUCAUUCAGACGAUGAGUUUGAAGUAGAGACUAUUGCCAUAUUAGAUUUGUUGGAACAAGAAAAUGAGCCGAUUCCUUGGUGGUAUAUUAUUCUUGCCAUAUUGGCUGGACUCUUGCUGUUAAUACUCUUAACUUAUUUACUGUGGAGAUUAGGCUUUUUCAAAAGACGGCGUCCUGAUCCCACGCUCAGCGGUAACAUCGAAAAACACAGAGUGGAUGAUAAUUACUACGAUUAUUAAUUAAUUAAGAAGAACCUUUAUUAUAAUAUGAUAUAAACUAUAGUAAUUUUUUGUAUUUUGCAACAUAUUUCUACAAGACUUUUAUAUAAA